CCUCUGUGUAGUAGUCGUAGUAGUGUUGCCUUUUUAGUUAAAAGUUGUUGUUGUAGUUAUCUCAGUCUCUCCAACGUCUCCUCUCUGCCGCCUCUAUAUCUCUCUCUCUCAAUCGGUUCUGUUUUGGUUACCAUUUUUGUGGCUUUGUUUUCGCCUUAUUUGCCAUUUGCCGCCAUGACUUCGAUGACAUUGCUGCCACGAUCGGUUUGUGUUACCGCCCACGCCCACGCCCGAGCGUCCAACUGGCGGCGGUCCAUUCCAGCGCUUCAAAGGCGCCAUCAGCAAUUGCACACUAGUGGGCGGCUGCCUGCACUUUUAGCCACAACAAUAACAACAACAGCAACAGCAGCGAGGGCGCCAAAUUCGCAUGCAAAUGGAAGCGUGUUCUAUCUGAUCCGCCGAAAUAUGUCUGUUGCUCCGAAACUGGUGGCCGUCGCCGAGUCGCGUCGCUUUAUGAUCGACUGCUUCAAGGCAGUGAAGGUGCCCCAGGCCAAUGCCGAGGCCCAGGCGGACCUUCUGGUGGGCGCCGACUACCGAGGACACUUCAGCCACGGCAUGAACCGCCUGGAGAUGUACAUCAAUGAUCUGGCCAUCCAUGCCACUGACGGAGCCGUGCAGCCAAAGAUCCUAAAGGAGACUCCGGCCACCGCCUGGGUGGAUGGCCAGAAUGGUCUGGGAGCCGUGGUUGGCAACUUCUGCAUGGAUCUGGCCAUCAAGAAGGCCAAGACCGUGGGUGUGGGCUGGGUGUGCGCCAAGGGAUCGAACCACUAUGGCAUUGCCAGCUGGUAUCCCCUGAGAGCCAUGCAGCAGGGACUCGUCGGCGUUUCCAUGACCAACACCUCGCCGCUGAUGGCGCCCACGCGUGGCAAGGAGGCUGCUUUGGGAACUAAUCCCCUCUCUUUGGGCGCCAAUGCCACCAACGACGAUCACUUCCUGCUCGACAUGGCCACCACGGCGGUGGCUGUGGGCAAGAUCGAGAUCCAGCGGAGGAAGGGAGCCAAGCUUCCUGAUGGCUGGGCCCAGGACCCCGAGGGCAACAAUACCAAUGACGCAGAGCUGGGCUUCUCGACCGGAUGUCUCUAUCCUUUGGGCGGCGCGGAGCUAACCUCAGGCUAUAAGGGCUACGGCCUGGGUGCCAUGGUGGACGUACUUUCCGGCGUGAUGUCUGGUGCCAACUAUUCCACGAAGGUGCGCAAGUGGACCCACGCUGGAGCUGACACGGCUGCCGAUCUCGGUCAGGUCUUCAUCGCCGUGGAUCCCAAUUGCUUCGCUCCCGGAUUCGAGGAGCGUAUGACUGACUUUAAUGGACGUCUAAGGAAUACUACUCCGACUGAUCCCAACAACCCAGUUAUUCUGGCUGGUGACAAGGAGACCCAAGGCAUGAAGUCCGUGGACAAAGCCGGUGGUAUCCAAUAUCUGGAGAAUCAGAUUAAAACCUGCACCAUGUUGGCGGAGAAACUGAAGAUUAAGCCCCUGCAGUUUAUCGAUUAAAGGAUACUUGAUUAGGAAUUGAGGAACGGGAGCCAAGCUCCUUUAUUGCCAUAUAUUUUGCAUUCGUGGACCAAAGCACUUAGUUCUUUCUCACUGCGAAGAAACACACUUUAUUAUAUUUUUACAUAUCCGACUAAAGGACUUUCAAAAAAUAAGUUUACUUUUAGCCAGAUGCGUAAAUUCAAUUUACAAGCCUUUGUAUAAAUUGUAAUUAUUUUGAUAUACAAUUUCCUAUUUCAGUAGAUUUUAAAUAUUUAGCUAAAACUAUGAUAUUCAACAAGCAAUUGUUUAAAAUAAAUCAAAUACUUUAAUAGAA